AUGUCGACCAUCGGUGUGACCAUUGAUGCCUACGCCAUCCUGGGAGUUGAACGAAACGCCCGAAUCCAGGACAUCAACCUUGCCUACAAGCGGCUCGCGUUGAAGCUCCACCCAGACAAGGCUGGAAAUACUGCUGCGACCGUUGAACGAUUCAGAAAAAUUCAAGAUGCUGUUGAGCUUCUCCGAGACAAAGACCGUCGGUACUUGCUUGACGAGGUCCUCGAAAGGAAGACCAAGAGACAUCUAGAUCCCGAGGAUGAAACACCACCUUGGUCCUACAGGGGUAAUCGCCAUCGCUCGUCAAAGCGAGAACGCCACGGAUAUGACUUCAAUUACUGGCCGGGUCAAUUUACCGAGUCAACUUAUGAAUACAAGUCAGCGUAUCAACGCCAGUACAGCCCCAGCUACUACUACAGUUAUGGAACAAGUGUACACAUGGACCCAAACUCGGCCGAAUCAAAGGCAAAACGCGCGCAAUUUCAGGCAGAAAAUACCCAGUGGGAAAAUGAAUGGGCUGGCAUUGAUCCAGAAGUACAGAAGGCACGGGCACAGCGUCGCAAAGCAAACAUGCGGGCUCGAAUGAAACAUGAUCUAGCAGAUAUCGUGGAAGAGCAGGAUCAUAUUGUGGAAGAAGUUCUGGAUGACCUCAACUUUGGCAAUAACCAUCAGUUCAAUCAUUUCGCAGAUGUCCUGCCCGAAGAGGAUGUCAAGACCUGCAACCCUGCAGACACAUUCGAUUCUUUUGCCUAUGAAUAUACCAAGGAGUUCGGUUCCUCUCCGACGUACUCUGAAUGCACUUCAAGUCCUCGGUCUGCUGCUAGCAAUGAUUCGUCCGUUGACUUCUCAACAAGUUGCUCCUCUACCAACCACACCCAUUCACCCAACGGGCACUCGACUCUCAAGCCCACCGCUGAUUAUCCAGGUGAUAAAUUUCCCAGAUAUACCAAGUCAGCCAAUGAGCACUCAACUUUCAACUCCACCCCUCAUGAUUCUCAUGAUUUAAAUGGAAACUCUCCCAACUACACUCAUUCAGCCAACGAGAAUUCAACUUUCAAGGCCACCGCCGAGGAUUCCAAGUCUAGCACCAACAGUUCCAAGUCUGAUGCCGACAGACUGCUCAAAUCUUACAUGGUGGGCCAUGAUUCGCUGCGCCCUCUGGUCUCAUUUCUCAAGCAGAAGCUUGCCGACCCCAAUGGACGUUACACCAUUGAUGACCUCGGUGGCGAGCUGAACGGCCUUAUGCUGGAGACCUAUUGUGGCUGGUUGGAAGAUGUUCGUCUUUCAGUCCCUACUGCAUCGCCUAUGAAAGUCCGAAAUGACCCCAAGGUUUGCUCCCAUCUGGGAUACUGGUACAAAGAGUUUUGCCGUCCCAUGUGCAAUAUUUGCAACAUGUGGAUGCCUACAUACACCCUCACUUGCCCUGGCUGCGGUAUGAAGGCCUGUGUCCGAUGUAAAUUCUCCGGUCAUGCCCCUCUCCUGGGAUCUGGUUUGCAGGAGCAGUGA